CCAGAGAUUACCUGGAAAUGGACGGAGCCAACCCUGGAGAGAUCAGCACCGCCGUCUCGAAGAUCCUUCUCUCGGGGACCAACGCCCUUGAUUCCAUCUUCUCCCACCUCCCGCCGCCACCGGUGGCGGCAGAGCCGCUAGGCUCCUCCGUGUACGAGAGCCAGACUGAGCUUCUCCGUCGAUUCGGAUCUGAAUCAAUCCCUCGACGAUCCACAGCCAGAUGGAUCCCUUGGCUCACAGAGAUCCACGGCGACGUGAAGAAGAAACCGUACCGCGGGGUGCGGCAGCGGCACUGGGGGAAAUGGGUGGCUGAGAUCCGGCUACCCCAGAACCGGAUGCGCGUCUGGCUCGGAACCUACGACUCCGCCGAGUGCGCCGCCAUCGCCUAUGAUCGCGCUGCUUACAAGCUCCGCGGCGAGUACGCGCAGCUCAACUUCCCGAAUCUCGGCGCCGGUGCUGGAGAGUGGGCGGAGAGGCUUCGAUUGACCGUGGAUGAGAAGAUCCACGCCAGCUUCGAUCGGAUCAGGCAGCAUCGCCGCCAUCGGAGAGAGAGGAGGAAUGGAACGAAUGAAGAGAAGAGAGUAUUGAUAGUAGAGCAAACCCAAGAGGCGUUUGUGAGCUUGGGUGCAUCGGACGGUCAAUAUGAGUCCAGCUCAGCAAUCUCCGAUGAGAUGGACGGUGGAUGUUUGCUCACAGGGAUGCCGUCUUUUGAUCCCGAAAUCAUAUGGGACGUGCUUUCAGAUUAGGAUUAGUGGGACAUUUAUUAUCUAAAAUUAGAUAACCUUUGUCUUCUU